AUGGCGAAGCAAGUUUCCAAAAAGGAGUCCAAGAAGGACCUGAAGGUCAAGAAACAGGAGAAGAAGCCAGUCGUCAGCUCAUCGAGUGAUGAGUCGUCGUCGUCGUCUUCUUCUGAUGAUUCUUCUUCCUCCAGCGGAAGUGAAUCCGAGGACUCUUCCAGCAGCAGCGACUCUGACGACUCUUCCAGCAGCGACUCUGACUCGUCUUCCUCCAGCGAGGACGAAAAGAAGGUUGAGGAAAAGCCAAAGGCCAAAAAAGCUGCCAAGAAAGAGGAAUCCAGCUCUGCCAGCUCAUCUGAUUCAGACAGCGGUAGUGAGUCUGACUCCGAGUCUAGCGACUCCGAGUCUGGUUCCAGCUCCGACAGCGAGUCGGAAGAUUCUGAGACAGAAUCCAAGGCAUCUGCUGCGGCUCCAGCCAAGGCCGAAAUCAAGUUGACCAAGAGCUCCAGCUCCAGCAGCAGCAGCAGCAGCGACAGUGACUCAUCAUCGGGCAGCAGCUCUGGAUCCGACUCUUCCUCCUCUUCCUCUUCUUCGGCAGACUCUUCUUCCAGCGAGUCUGAGUCCUCUGAAGCAGAGGCACCCUCCAAGAAACGUAAGGCUGAAGAAAGCUCUUCCACCUCCGAGGCCUCUAACGAAGCCUCCCCUGAACCAAAGAAGGCUAAGACCGAAUCUACCGGCGAGCCCGCUACCAUCUUUGUCGGAAGGCUCUCUUGGAGUAUCGACGAUGAAUGGUUGAAAACCGAAUUCGAACACAUUGGCGGUGUGGUUGGUGCCCGUGUGAUUUACGAAAGAGGUACCGACAGAUCCCGUGGUUACGGUUACGUUGAUUUCGAAGACAAAUCCUACGCUGAGAAGGCCGUCAAGGAAAUGCAAGGCAAGGAGAUUGAUGGCAGACCUAUCAACUGUGACAUGUCCACCAGCAAGCCAGCCGGCGGCAACCCAAGGGCUGACCGUGCCAAGAAGUACGGAGACACUCCAUCUCAACCUUCGGACACCUUGUUCUUAGGUAACUUGUCUUUCAACACCGAAAGAGACAACGUUUUCGAGAUUUUUGCCGAGCACGGUGAAGUCGUUUCCGUGCGUCUACCAACCCACCCAGAAACGCAACAGCCAAAGGGUUUUGGUUACGUCCAGUAUUCCUCUGUGGACAGCGCUCAAAAGGCUCUCGAUGCUCUACAGGGCCACUACAUCGACAACAGACCUGUCAGACUUGAUUUCUCCACUCCUAAGCCUCCUCAAGAAGGUAACUCUCGCGGCGGUUCGCGCGGCGGUUUCCGCGGUGGCGCCCGCGGAGGGUCCCGUGGCGGGUUCGGUAGCAGACCUUCUGGCUCCGGUUCCAACUCCUCACCCUUAGGCAGACCAAGACAAACCGCCUCUUUCCAAGGAUCCAAGAAAACCUUUGACUGA